AUGAAAACUUUCAAUGUAAACUAUAUAGAAGCCAUAAGGAACAAUGAAACAAUAUCAGCAUUUCACAAUCCAAUGUCAUCAACGAAUGAUAACGGGAGUCUCAACAAAUCAUACGGUACUAUGACCAGUACAAUUGACCCCAAGCUGUUCCACAAGCUAAUACUUGACUUGGUUCUUCCGAAAGUGCAAAUGAUUGAGGGCAAUAAAGUAACUAAAAUGUCAACGAAAAUAAUAGACGGGUUUGACUGUUAUUAUACGACCACUGAUACGAACGAUAUUCUUGUCUGUUUCAUUUCAGAGAAUCUGCCAAUAAUAGUGCCUAUCAGAGUGUUGAGUGAAUUGAAACACUUCAAUUACGAUUCUGAUGAUCAAUUGAAGGCUGAUAUCAAAUUGAUACUGGAUAAAUUUCAUGACGAAUUACUCAUGUACAAAAAUGAGAACUCCAUCCAGACAAAUGCAAACGAUGCAGAAGAUGAACUAGACGACAUAAUACAGAUCAUGAAUGAUAACAUAGAUAAAUUUUUACAACGACAAGAGCGGGUAUCGUUACUAGUUGGUAGGACAUCGAGAUUGAAUAAUAAUAGUUCCAAUUUCAAGAGGAAAGCAGAAAGAUUACAAGAACGAUUAUGGUGGCAAAAGAUGAAGAAUUGGACAUUAUUAAUAUUCACUAUUAUAUUAUUUUCCAGCGCUCUAUUUAUUUUUGUUUACAUCUUAUAA